GGAAAUUUGCCCAUAGAUUAUUAGAACACAGAAUGACCAUAGUAUUACAAUGAAGAGGAGUUGAAGCUUCUUAGAUCAGUGGAUCAAUAUUUUCUGGAGGAUGGGGACUGAACUUGUUAGACAUUGUGUCAAAGAGGAGGAUAUGGACAUUUCAUCAAUUCCGCCUGGUUUUGAGUCACUUGCGCCCUUCACCUUAAGAAAGGUGGAUAAUAAUCGACUCAUGAUUAAUCAGCCAUCCUCAGUGAGCGAAUCAAAAUCGCAUGGAAGUCAGGUAGAAACAUAUAUUGAAGGUACCGAAGAUGGAAAGAUGAUUAAGUCACUUAGGCGUAAACCUGGGAUAAACUACGGGAAGUAUGAGAAAAGCUCAGAAGAUGAAUCCGAACCCGAUCAGAAUCCCUUUGUUAGGCCGUCACUUCCAAAAGGAGUCAUCCGUGGAUGUGAAGCGUGUCUCAAUUGCCAAAGGGUAACUGCGAGAUGGAGGCCAGAGGAAGCUUGUAGGCCUGAUCUUGAGGAUGCUCCGGUGUUCUAUCCAACUGAAGAGGAAUUUGAAGAUACCCUGACAUAUAUGGCUAGCAUACGCACCAAAGCAGAGGCAUAUGGAAUUUGUCGCAUUGUACCGCCUGCUUCGUGGAAACCUCCAUGCCCUCUUAAGGAAAAAUAUAUAUGGGAGAACUCCAAAUUUGCUACCCGUAUACAGAGGAUUGACAAACUUCAGAAUCGAAAUUCGAUGAGAAAGAUGUGGAAAGUUAAUCAUCAUAAGAAGAAGAAAAGAAGAAGGUGCUCAAAAACCGGAGUAGACUUGGGUAAUGGUAGUGUUGACAUUAGGACCCCUGAUGAAGCUGCUAUUUAUGAGGAGAGGUUUGGAUUUGAACCUGGUCCAGAGUUUAGUCUGGACGCAUUUCAAAAAUAUGCUGAUGAUUUUAAGGCCCAGUACUUCAGGCAAAAUGAAGGGCAGUGUGAGCCUUCAUUGGAGAACAUUGAGGGUGAAUUUUGGCGGAUGGUCGAGAAACCUACCGAAGAGAUCGAGGUUCUUUAUGGGGCUGACUUGGAAACUGGAGUAUUUGGCAGUGGGUUCCCUAAACAUGGCCAUCAAGUUGGCUCUUCUGACCCGAAGUAUGUAAACGCAGGAUGGAACUUGAAUAACUUCCCUAGGCUUCCAGGUUCUGUUCUUACAUACGAGAGCAGCGACAUAUCUGGUGUUUUGGUGCCUUGGCUUUAUAUAGGAAUGUGCUUUUCAUCAUUCUGUUGGCAUGUUGAAGAUCACCAUUUGUACUCACUAAAUUAUAUGCAUUUCGGGGCUCCAAAAAUGUGGUAUGGCGUGCCUGGAGCAGAUGCGUUGAAAUUGGAGGCUGCUAUGAGGAAGCACUUGCCUGAUCUCUUUGAAGAGCAGCCCGACCUGCUUCACAAGCUGGUUACACAACUAUCCCCCUCAAUAUUGAAGUCUGAGGGAGUUCCAGUUUAUCAGUGUGUCCAAAAUCCUGGAGAGUUUGUUUUGACCUUCCCAAGAGCAUAUCAUGCUGGUUUCAAUUGUGGCUUCAAUUGUGCUGAAGCAGUAAAUGUUGCUCCUGUUGACUGGUUACCGCAUGGGCAGAAUGCGAUUGAGCUUUAUCGUGAGCAGGGCCGGAAAACUUCCAUAUCCCAUGAUAAACUGUUACUGGGGGCAGCUCGAGAUGCAGUCAAAGCACACUGGGAACUUAAUUUACUGAGGAAGAAUACCUCAAAUAAUUUACGAUGGAAAGAUGUUUGUGGAAAAGAUGGAAUUUUGUCAAAAGCACUAAAGAACCGUGUUGAGAUGGAGAGAGUGAGGAGGGAGUUUCUUUGCAAUUCUUCACAGGCACUAAAGAUGGAGAGCACUUUUGAUGCUACUAAUGAGAGGGAAUGUAGUGUAUGUUUUUUUGAUCUACACCUGUCCGCCGCCGGCUGUCAUCAUUGUUCGCCGGAUAAAUAUGCAUGCUUGAGCCAUGCAAAACAACUGUGCACUUGUUCCUGGGGUGCCAAAUUUUUCCUCUUCCGUUAU